GAUCCGAUCGUAGUCCUUUAGCGACGGGGCGGGGGUGUUUUCACGCUGAACUGCACCACUCGCUACUUCCUAACCGCCGCCGGACCGCUGAAGGCGCAGCAACGUGGUUGUGUCUCGAGACGGGCGUGGGAGUGAGUGAGAGGACGUGUCAAGUUAUAGCUCCACGCGGACAGCCGAUGCCGUGUUCAAUUCACCUAGGAGAAGCGUGUCGCCCGAUGUGACCCGGCAGACGGCGCUGGAGGUAGCGAGUGGACGCGACGAGCAGCGGACAGCGCGGAGAGAUGACGCUCCGUGACCGUUUCACGCGUUUGUAAGAAACACGCAGUGAACUUUCGAGCCCCACUCACCGCGCCCACAAGAGGACGCCGGGGUCGAGGCGGACUUGUUCGCUCACGUUUCACACCCACUCGGGUUCCGAGCACGCGGAGGGUGGCUCGCCUCGCGCGAUCAUGUACACGAUAAGCAGGGGUCCCAGCAAACUGGUGACACGGCGGAGGACAGGUCCCACGCAGCAUGUCGACAGCAAAUUCGGCGACUCGAGACAGAGAGUAGCCCCCAGCUCGGUGCCCAGCUAUCCCGCGCCGAAGCUCAUCUUCCACCGCCUGAACGGGAAGCGGCACCACGCGACCCGCGGUCACGCGCAUGAGGAGAGCUUGACGGCCGCGCACGAGGAGAACGUCAAGUUCGUGAAUGAAGCUUGGCAGGAAGUGAAACAGCAACUGGGAGAGAGUGACCAGAGGGGGCUGGGGCCAGUGCAGUACACCGAGAAGACUCCUAACCCAAGCAUGAAAAACUUUGUGCCCAUUGAUCUGGAGGAGUGGUGGGCCCGGCGUUUUCUGGCCAACAUUGCUGAUCUGGCAUGAGGCAUGUGAACAGGGUAGAAUGGAAUUCAAGAGUCCAUGACACUCGCUCGGGGUGGCACGAGAUUGCGGUCAGUCUUCAACCCAGGGGGGGGAUUAGGCAGUGUCUGAAGAGCACCCCCCCCCCCCCCCAGGUCACUGUCACGCUUUUUGACCUCUGGUUUCUACUGCAAUGAAACCUAUGACUAACUACUCUCCAGCUGGGCAUUGCAGAUAGGAUGGCCCAAAAUACAUCUUUUACUAUUUCUUACCAGCUCCAUGCUGUGCGAUGAGAAGAAAUGUGUAUUACUGUGGGGAAAAACUGAAGAAAGUAAAAGGGUAUUUUAAAAAGCGUUCCAGUUCUUUAGUGAAUUUCUUGAGAGAAAUAAAGGAAGAGUUUUCUAUAUAAUGAAUGAAGUGUAGAAAUUCCAGUUUUAUCCUGCUGAAACAGGAAACCAACCAGAAAAAUCAUGCUGGGUUCUUACUGGCCUUUUGGAAUUUAUAUUCCAUGAUCCAUAUUAAUUUGGUUUAAGUGAUAAGUAAAUGAAUGAAUAGGAGAUG